GGCAGCACGCAGCUGCGGGACGAUGCGACGCCAGACGGACGGCUACCGGCGUCGCCGUUACUACAAGGCUCGCCCUUGUGCUACGAAGAAUCCAUGUACGACUCACCCCCUCCACCAGAGGAAGAAAACACAAUGGAGCAUCUGGAAAAUUUGAACAUGCUACUCAAGCAGCAACUCGACGUUAAUCAUCAAUUAUCGGAGGACGAUGUGGCUGCCGACGCCGAGAUCCCGGAAUCGCCAUUGGACGUCGCACUUCUUCAAUCACCUGCUGUCAAGGAAGGCGCCGACGAGUCUUUACAAGGUGAAGUGUCAUCGGUUGACAUGCAGCGGCGCGAUUCGGUCAGUAGCGUGGGUGGUGAUGUGUUUGUCGCGGUGGAACUCUCGGGUGAUGUAGCUGUCACAGAAGUAGUAGCAGAAGAUGUAGCUGUCACAGAAGUAAUAGAAGAUGCAGCUGUCACAGAAGUAGUAACAGAAGAGGUAGCAGAAGAGGUCACCGAAGAUUUCUGUCCGCGUGACAUAAGGCGCAAAAAAAAGAAAGCGGCCAACAAGCCGAGGAGCUCGCCCGAUGCGGUCGACGGGCGUCUACCUAAAGAUAUCAUGCUAGAAUUUCUAAACGAACAACAGUCGUCGUCGUCGCAGCGUGAAAAAAAAAAAGAAAGACGAGCAGCGAAAGCUGCGAUGAGCCACAAGAAGUAACAACAAAGAAACAGCGAGUGGUCGAAGAAGAGAACGAAGAAGAACAACAACAGCAAAAAAAAAUCAAACAAGGCAAAGCAGAGGAAGAGGCGCGGCAAGUCGGUCGUGCCGGCAGAAGUCGCCGAACUGUCAGAGCAGAAGCUAGAAGACGAAGUCGAGCGGAGUGAAUUUAUGCAACUGGCCAACGGUGGCACGCAGGCGUUCAAAAAAUUGGCCAAGAAGGCGUACUUUGUUGCUCACGACUGCAACAAGGAGGAACUGAGUGCGUUGAAAUUGGUCGUAAAAGUAUACGACGGUCAGCAGGCCAAGAGCGGCGCGCCGCCACUUGCAGUAGCGUCCAUGGUACCGAAAGCGGCAGCGUCGACGCUAAAGUUGCCCCGGCCGCCGCCGCACGACGUGGUGCUCUGUCACUUUGCGCUGGUCACGUCCAUCGAGGGUGCAGUUGCGCUCAAGACGAAAAAUCAGCACCUGGCCAUGACGUACGCCAGACUGAUGAUUAAAAAGGCCGGCAUCCUCAAAAAGAGCAUAUUCACAAAAUUGAACGACUACUUUGGCACUCUGUUUGGGAUGCCCGGCGAGGACAAGAAAAAAACGAGGAAAACCGUAAAGUGCAACAGUAGCAAGGACGCCCAGCACGUGGCGGCGAAGGACGCUCCGCUCGGCAGCGUUUUCGAUUACGACUCGGGCAGUCCGGUCACUGUGUGCAACAAGACUAGCGACCGGGCCAACGUGGUGAGGGUGGCACACGAGGUGGAUCCGCAAGCCCCCCAGAAAUUUUACAUUUACGCCAUGACCAACAAGGUAGAGGUUGGGUAUGCGAUUGUAUGCACCAUGUUGAAUCCUCUGUUCAUCUCUGACGAGUGGCUCAACGUGCUGUUGGAGUCCAUACCCCACCGCUAUCGGUCCGAUCUGGUUCAGAUUUACGUGAGCGCAUGUGCACAGGUCGCCUCGGUCAGGGCUUAUUUGGACACCGUGUACUGCUGGGUCGAGCCCGCGCUCCAACACUCGUGGAUUAAGCACAGUGCAGACGCAAUGUCCGACGACGCCGCCGCCGCCGCCGCCGACGACGAUUCCACCAUUGCGGACGACACGUGCCACAUGAACGAUUCUGACGAAUUGGCACUGUCCAAAAUUAACCCCAGAGAGAGGGAGUCCCUCUUUGCCUAUCAGGUAAUUAGGGACUCGCUCGACUGGACCGACGAGCUCC